AUGCAUCCUUUUAGCAUUUUCAGCGCCUUCAAGGCCCUGGGAGUGGCCUUGCUUGCUGUCACUACCACUGUCUCUGCUUCUACUACUUCACCCCGCGAUUGGACCAGUCUGAAGCUUCUCACCGAAGCUGCCGACUGGCAGGUUCAGAUGGUUAUCGAUGGGAAGAAUGCCUCAUUGACUGGCUCGCCAAGGGCGUUGACGCGUGGGGUUCGUCAACUGGUGACACCAUUCGUCUGGCCGAACUCGACGUACUAUCACGAUGAAUCCUUACUUCCCCAUAUCGAGGAGAUGCUCAAUGUCCUCAAAAAAGCUCAGCACAGCGAUGGCACAUACACUGUCGGAAAUCGCCAUUCACCACCUGAUACGGGCUUCUUGAUUGAGGACUUUGGUAUAAUGGUGCGCAUACUUGAGCGAGACGACCACGAUGCUUCGGGACCCAUCGCAAAGCUCAUGCGUGGUAUCCUUGUCAAGGCUGCCCCUGGUCUCGCUAAAGGCGGCAUUCACACCCCCAACCAUCGAUGGAAGAUAUGCAGUGCUUUGGCGCGCAUCUCCAGCAUCACAGGACAUGUUGGCUUGAUCAAGAGGAUCGACGAGUGGCUCGCCGAAGGAAUCGAUAUCGACGCCGAUGGCAUCUACUCGGAGCGCAGCCCGAAUUACUAUUCGGCCGUGUCAAACCCUUCUCUGUUGACGGUCGCUUAUGAGCUCAACCGCACCCAACUCGUCGAUUAUGUUCGCAGAAACCUCGAAUUGUCUAUUCAACAUGCAGAGCCAAACGGCGAGAUGGAAACUAUCCAGAGCCGUCGCCAGGAUCAGGUGCAGCCUGCUGGAGACAACAUGCAGAAUUUCUAUCCUCAAUUCCGCGAGCUUGCUCUGCUCGAUAACAACGGGCGGUUCGCUGCCAUUACCCGCUUGAUUGAGAAGCGUCUUGGUCCGCAACUUGGCGACUUCCUGGCCAACGUCAUCGAACGUCCCGAACUAGCGGCUCAACUACCUAAAUCUGAAGACCCGUUUGUUGAUUUUGAGAAACAUUAUGCUUCAGCGGGCCUUGUACGUGCGCGACGUGGAAAACUGACAGUGUCAGCUUUUGGUGGGUCAGACUGGUAUGACCUGGAUGGUAAAAAGACCGACUUCUACAACCGCAUGGGGUCUGGCCUCUCAACAAACCCGACCAUGUUUCGCGCGUGGAACGGAAAGGCGGUGCUGGAGGCUGUGCGCCUCAGUGCCAACUUCUUCAGCAUGGGCCAUUUCCGGUCCAAUGGAAUCGAAUUGACGGAUGACGGUGUCAUUACCCUGGGGAGCGAGAUCGAGGUGCCAUAUUACCUGCCCAUUCCGGCAGAGCACCGCGAUGAAAACGGUACAUACGACCUUUCCAAGUCUGUUGACGGUCGCUUCUACGCCAUGCUGGACUUUACGAACCGCCCUACUAGUGUGCGCCGCCUCAAGACAGAUGUGAAGAUGACUCGGACCAAGGCUGGGUAUGACCUCGAUUUUGAGGUGACAGGUGAAGAGGAUGUUGAGCUAACAUUUGAACUCACUUUCCGCGAGGGCGGAAACUUCACGGGAGUAGACGAGUUUAUUGAUAGCGACGAGGUCACAAAAUAUCGACUUGUGGAAGGAGAGGGAGAGUAUAGCCUGGAAGGUGACAAGAUCACAUUCGGACCAGGGAAUGGUAGAGGGUUUAUUCAAGCUGAUGCUGGUGAGCAGUACAGCUGGCACGGGGGCAACCUUACUCUAGAGGGCCAUCAUGUGUAUAUCACAGGCAUGACGCCAUUGAACUAUACCCUUCAUCUCGGCUUUGCCUAA